UUAGUAAUAAUGUUAAAUGUAGGUGAGAAAAGCGCAAAAGCAAAUUGCGAGAAUGAUUUCAGGCAAAAAUAAAGCCAACUUACCCACAGCCCUAGGUAGGGUCAAAAUUGGGGCAUCUCAUUGACAUUUAGUUUAAUUUUAACGCACACGAUAUAGCCAUGACAGCUAAUUGUAAACUUGUACCCCAAACCAAGCUACCGGCGACUGCACAUCUCCCGUGGCCCUUGGGAUGGAGAGCGGCGCCAUCGCUGACGACCACAUCACGGCAUCCACACAGGAACCUGAGUUCGAGGCUUACGAAGGUCGUCUGAAUAACGGCUGGUCGUGGAUGACGUACACCGUAGACACGAACCAGUGGCUACAGAUCGACCUCGGCAGUCAGAAGGUCCUCACCAGUAUCCAAACACAAGGCCUUUGGGGGGGAUAUACCGUCAAGUCUUACAAACUGUUGUACUCUGACUAUGGGACAGCCUGGGUGACCUACGGAGAUGGACAAAACGACAUGAUAUUUAAUGGAAACCGUGACGGCGACACCGUUGUGGAACAGAAUCUGCACACUCCAGUGACGACACGAUAUGUCCGGAUAAACCCACAGUCUUCGCACAGCAGCUCCCGCAUGCGCCUUCGAGUGGAGCUUCUUGGGUGCGAUGGAUACCGUAUUUGGUAUCAGUGCGUAUCGUAUGACGUGGUACCAACAAACGUCACGUCAUUGGAAGAAAAGAGCGGAAGUGUCAACGUCACCAUUGACGGUUUGAAGAGCGGCUGCAGAUACAACGUCACAGUUCGCAAUGUCGUCUCAAUAUAUGAAAGUGCUGACGUCUUCAUCGAGUGCAUAACUGAAACGGACCCUCCACUGUCUCUCACGUGCUCAACAGCAACUUCUACUUCAAUCACCAUCAGCUGGAUAAAGCCGAAUGCGACCCUUAGCGGAUACAGGGUAAACUACACUCUCGUUAGUGACAGUCCCUCCGAAAUGAUGACAACAGAAUUUGGUCCUGAACAUGAGGAACACGUCCUCCAAGAUGCCAUAGCUGACCGGGAAUACAGCGUGACUCUCGUGGCUGUUGGGAUGUAUCAGGACAGCGUGCCCGUUGGUGUCACCUGUCUUACACUGACGCCCCCACCCGAGGACUUUCAGGUGACAUACGGCACAGAGACGUCCGUUACAGUUUCCUGGAAGCAGAGGGUCAACUCUCUCGCUCUGCACCACAGGGUGUGGAUAAGGCGUAGUGAUACAGCUGAGAGCCUGUUCACACAGCUAGUGCCCACAGGUCAGACUGACCUGACGUUCAUUGACCUCACCCCUGGCACAGAGUAUGUGAUAUCAGCCACAAGCAUCAACACGCAGAACGAAGGACCAGCAAUGAACAUUACUACUGGAACAAAAAUGGACAGUCCAACUGAAUUAGAUGUUGUACAAAAGACAACCAGCACCAUAACAAUCUCAUGGACACCACCUCAAGCUGUCCUUAUCGCUUACAACAUAACCUACACAGAAAAUGGAAGGAGUGCGUACAUGAUGACGUCAGGAGAUGUUGACAGUUGUGAACUGACAGGUCUGGUACCUGGUACUCUGUAUGACAUAGACUUGGUGGCCGUUAGCAAGGUGGGGAGGAACAUCGCCGUCAGUACUAGUGCUGUCACAGCUCCACCUUCGAGUCUGAGAGUCACCAACUCCUCCACGACAUCGUUGUUCCUAGAAUGGACGCCACCUGCGGCAAACAUUCUGUACUACAGCCUGGACAUUUCAGACGAGCAUAGCGGAGAGGUAGCAUUGCUAAGGCUUGAUGGACACAAAACGUCCUAUUACGUCACAGGUCUUGUACCAGAAACUACAUACGUCAUCAAGAUGGGGGCGUUCAGUGAGCAUGGUCGUAGUGCGGACAUCACUAUUUCAAAUAGUACAGGGUCUUUGCCGACAGUCAAAGCCAGCACUGUUACCACUUCACACACAACGACGGAGGCGUCCACAACGGAUAGAAGAACAACUACUUCAAUAACUACUUCUACUUUAUGGACAACAACAGAGUCGCCAACAACGAAGAAAACAACCGAAGAGAUAGAAAGAGACAUAAAACCAGCCAUGCCUGAUUAUGAUGAAGAUACAACAAGCAGCCAAAGUACUACAGCAUACUAUAUAAUGUCGACAGGAAAAUCAACAAAGCCCCCUCUUAUUGUGGAAACAUCAAGUGCAGACAACGAGAAAUCUACAACAACUCCCAAACGGACUACGGAAGAUCCAGGUGAAAAGUACUUCAACGUACUUCAUUACUGA